AUGUUCCUCCUUGUUCUCUGUAUUGGUUAUGCCCUUUGCAUUCUCGGCACCCCGUACGGCCAGCACAUCAUGAACGGCGUGCUGCUCUCCAUCGUCACGCACCCGCAGAGCCGCCUGCGGUCAGUGCUCUACAUGGACACCGCUGUCGAUUGUAUGACGCGCGUGCAGCAGCGCUAGGUGGUGUAGGGGACCUUAUUCGUGGGCCCCAACCAAGAUCCACGUGCACGCACAGUGGAAAUUCCUGGAAGAGGCAUCCACAGAUGGACCUAGUGCCAGAGUCAGUGCUAAGGGCGCCAGCGCCAGAGCCAUGCUGUCGUGCCCGUACGCCUCGCAUGGCGUAACCAACCCAGCGACGAAGUAGGUGGCAUCGACCACACGACAAGAAGAGACUAGCGGCGUUUCGUGCCCCGCAGCAACGUCCACGCCCCCGAUGUCCCUCUCGACAGCACCUCCUUCGACGGGCGCCGUGUCCUGCACUGGCUCACCAUUUCAUCAUCAUCGUCACCGUUACCCAUUUGCUGGUUGGCGUCACCCCAUUUUGUGCGCCUACUCGCUGUGUUGGGUGUUGUCUUUGCUCCCCCCCACCAGUGCCCAUUCGACCUGCCGACACCCCUGUCAGCUCAGUGGGACGCCUGUGGCGGGUUUCGGCCAUUUGAUUCGUCACGGUGGGCCUCACUCUCAACAGGACAGCUGAUGUACUGCCCAUCAGCGAGGCUGGGCGACGCAUGACGUCCGCUGUUGUGAGUGGCGGUGACGGGGGAUGCAGUAAUAGCGCCUCCCUCUGCCCCUAGCGCCUGGGACGGACUCGUGAAAGCGGUGGAUGUAGAGCACUGCACCCUGACUAUGCCGGCGGCGAAGAUGGACGUCACGAGCAGCGGCAGACCAAUCGCGGAGGAUGCAACAGCGGAAGCAGCCGUGGCGGCAAUGGCGCACGCCAACGUGGAUGCGCUGAGUAUGCUAGACGAGCACCGCAGUCGCAUCGAGACCUUUCUCAUGACCAAGAUCCAGGACCUCGUCGUGCAGGAAUUAGCUGACAUGUUGAGCAACGGAAACGUAUCGCAGGUGAUUGAAACUCUCAUGAAGGUGCUUCCACCACCGCUGCGCUCGGUGGUAACGCGCGAUGACUCAGUUCUCCCUGGAGCUGAGCUGUCCGCUAACAAUGGCGCCACCUCGUCAAUGAACGCAGGAGAGGACGUAACUCAUGACAAGGCUACCGCGCAACCGGUCUUGUGGCGUGGCGGGCUGGCGAAUGCACUUGACCUGCACUCCGCAAACGCCAUCAAGUCGCUUGUCUACGACUCCCUCUCGGGCCCGUCUGCCGGGGCUCUCAAUGACAUGACUCAAGCAUCAGCGGCACGAUGGCGGCGGGCCACAAAGGGGAGAUCGACUGGCUCACUGUAUCCCGCCCUAUCGCGUCUCGCCCUUCUGCCCUACGUCGAGUAUGUGCUGCGUCUGUUCUUCCGAGUCGGCUCCAAUCUGCUCGGCCUCUUCGAUAACAUCUACGCCGGCAUUCUCUUUAUUUUCUGCUACCGCUACCUCACCCCUCUGGAGCAUACAGUGCUAUACUAUGGCGCGGCAAAGCUGCUGCGCGUGAUGCAGUCGGAGCUGGGUGACUACCACGCCCGCAGCAUCGAGCAGGACAUCACAGUCUCGCUCAUCACACUUCUGCAGUCCUUUGGGCACCUGACUUGGUUUCACUUUUGCACUACGUUCCGUGCCUUCACGUUGUGGGGAUUCCCGACGCCGUUCUUGCUGGGCCUCGUCUCCGUCGUCCUGGCGCUCUUUCCACUUGUACGGAAGUGGUUGAGCCCCUGCUCCAUCGCGUUUGUGCACAGGCUAGUGCAGCUUAUAUCGCUCAUCAACACCAAGGAGACGAGUUUCAGUGGCAACAAUAGGCCAGGGGAAGCAUACCCGCCUGCUGCUGUUGCCACCGUCGCUCCUCUCUUCUCGCCCCCGCUUGGUCGAUCAUGGAUCGAGGUUCUUGUGUGGGGCGAGCCGCACCUCCUCAACUACACACGGGCCCUCAGUUGGGGCUUGGCCGUACUGCUGGAGUGCAGCGACGAAUGGCUUCUGUGCGUCUCUCGAAGGCUGCGCGGCGGCUUUGUCAUGGAGGCUGUUGGUAAGGGCUGCAAGCAGCUGCAGCCCUGUGCGAUUGGUACAGCCCUGGUACUGGGCUUUGUCGCCUACGGCGCCGACGGCAUCGUCUUCGGACCCUUGACGGUCAUCGUUGCGCGUGUACUCCUUGACAACUGGGACAUCGUGCUGGCGAACCGCGAUCCCAGCUGCCUGAGCCUACCACUGUCCUUGUUUCUCCGCGAGAAGGGGGAGGAGGACGCGGAGGAAACCUGGAUGGUGGAAUCACCAUAG